AUGUCGAGCGCUAGCCUUGAGGCAGACUGCGCACUUCGUCAUGACAUGCACUUUUAUGAAAAUGCCGCCGUCUCAGCAACCUAUCAUAUGGAACAUCCAUUCUCAGAGGUCACGCAGUUGCUGAUCAGGAAGGCUUGCCAGGAUCUUGUCGAGCAGCAUCCUAUCCUGAGUACAUUUCCUUGGAAGGAUGAUGAAGGAAAACUUGUCUAUCGACGCUCAUCUGAGAUUGACCUAACAAAGAUGAUCUUCGUGCACGAACGAAAGAAUAAGAAGUCAGACAUCAAAGCAGAGGACUCAGAACUCGAGACAUUGCUUCAAGUGCAGCACAACCUCUCUUUCUCGCCACCACUUCCAUUCUGGAGACUUUGCAUUUUACACGACCCCCUCGACAACACAGAGUUCACAGCAUGCUUUGUCUUCCAUCAUUCUAUUGCUGAUGGAACGUCAGGCAUGAUCUUCCAUGCUUCAUUUUUACGUGCGUUGGGGAAUUGCAAAUCAAAGGACGAUCUCGGCAACGGACUUUUUGAGCCAAAAGAACAACCACUUUUGCCAAGUCUUGAGGACCUGGCUCCAAAAGGCUCCUAUGGAGUAAACACGACUUCUGAGAUUGUCGAAUCAGAGUCAGUCUCUGAAUCUUCAGUGUGGAAAGGAGCCUCUAUCAUGCCUCCAUCAGACACGCAGAUACGGUUAAUGACCAUUGACAAUAUGGCGAGCUCGUCCUUGGCGAUGCGAUGUCGAGCAGAAAGUACGACAGUUACUGCAGCACUGCAAACGAUAAUUGCCUGUGCGUUCUUCGAUCACAUCCCUCGCGGAUUCACCACUGUCCGAUCCUCUGUGCCUUAUUCAGCGCGAAGAUUGCUUCCACCCAACAUCCCUCAGGACUCGAUUGGGGUGUGGAUCGGCGAGAUCAAGGAUGAAUAUCAUCGUGAAGCCACUACUGCCCACUCUGAGUUUCCCUGGGAUGAGGCGAGACGAUCACGCCAAAUCAUUGAAGCUACUCUCUCUCGUGUAUUCAAUGAUCAUGUAUCCUCUAUGAAAGAGUUUGACUAUGGUAAGAACGAGAAAUUCCUCUUAUCCAAGAUUGGACAGUCGCGCGGCUCUACUUUUGAGUUAUCUAACAUUGGAAGAUUACCAACAAAGGGCUUGGAAAAUGGGAGGAGCAAAUUUCCGUUUAUAGGCCGCAUGUUUCUUUCUCAGGCAUGUAGUGUCUCAGGAAGCGCGGUAGAGAUAUCAGUCGUUACGGGAGGGGAUGGGUGUCUCACAUUGACAUUUGCGUGGCAGACUGGCGUCGUUAGCGCAGACCUGAUGGAUUCCGUUAGGGCCUCGGUCUUUAACAAGAUUCAUGAGAUCACGCAGGAAUAA